CACAGGCUUGACAGGAGCUUAUUUUCUUCUCAGUAGUCCUAGAAAACAGAAAACAGGCAGGUGUCUUAUUGAAAAAGACCUCUUUCAACUUGACUAUGAAUAAAGCAAGAAACAAAAGUUCUUCAGAUGGAGAAACUAAACCUGAGACAUCAUUUGUCAACAAAUUCUUUAAGGGCUCAAAGCUCAGGUCCUCCAAAGCUGAAAGCAAAAAAGAGGGCUGUGACCUUGAAACAGUUGAUUUCCUAGCCUGCGACAAGACAUAGCAGACAGCCGCCUUAGACGCAGCUACGCCUCUCGCUUCAGAAAUGGUACUGGGAUCUGGGAUGGUUAAAAAUGAGCAGUUCCUGCAGAAGCUGGGCAGAAAGGCUGUCAACAAGUGUCUUGAUCUGAAUAACUGCAGAUUAACAACAGCGGACAUGAGGGAACUGGUUGCUUUGCUGCCUUUUCUCCCAGACUUGGAAAAAUUCGAUAUUUCCUGGAAUGAUUUUGUAGGCGGAACCCUCCCUUCAAUCAUGCCCCAAAUGCAUCUUGUCAGCAAGUUAAAAAUCCUGAGGCUGGGUAGUUGCAGACUCACCACUGAUGAUGUUCGAGCACUGGGAGAUGCGCUUAAAGCAAUACCUGAACUUGAAGAGCUGAAUUUGUCCUGGAACAGUAAAGUGGGAGGAACGCUGCCUCUGAUACUCCAGGCAGUCCAAGAAGGGAGCAAGAUACAGACGCUUGAGCUUGUGGAUUGUGCCCUCACGUCAGAGGAUGGGACCUUUGUGGGUCAGUUGCUACCUAUGCUGAAAAAUCUUGAAAUACUUGAUCUUUCCAUUAAUAGAAACAUCGGUGGCAGUCUAAAAAGCAUUGCUCAAGGAUUAAAAAGUACUUCAAAUCUGAAAGUAUUAAAGUUACAUUCAUGUGGAUUAUCACAAAAGAGUGUCCAACUAUUAGUUGCUGCUUUUAGCUACAUGAGUAAGCUGAGGAAACUGGACCUUUCCUGCAACAAGGAACUGGGUGGAGGUUUUGAAGACUCAGCAGCUCAGCUGGCCAAGAUGGAGCAUCUGGAAGCCCUGGAUCUUCACCAGUGCUCGCUGACUGCAGCCGACGUGGUGUCGCUGACCCAGGUGAUCCCUUUACUCUCGAGUCUUCAAGAAUUGGAUUUAUCUGCCAACAAGAAGGUGGGAACCGCUUCUGAGCACCUACUUAGCAGGCUCCGAUUUCUACCAGCACUGAAGUCCUUACUAAUCAACAACUGUGCUUUGGAAUGUGAGACUUUUGCCACCCUGGCUGAAGCCUCCAUUCACCUCCCUGCUCUGGAAAUAGUCAACCUUUCUUGGAAUAAGUGUGUUGGUGGCAACCUGAAGCUGCUUCUGGAAACACUAAAGCUCUCAACUUCCCUUCAAGUGCUGAGGCUAAGCAGCUGUUCCCUGGUGACAGAAGAUGUGGCUGUCUUGGCCUCAGCAAUACAGGCAGGCCACCUGGCGCAGCUGCGGGAGCUCGACCUGAGCUAUAAUGACAACAUCUGUGGUGCAGGAUGGACCGUCUUCUGCCGACACAUGUGGCUCCUGAAAGAUUUAACCACGCUAGACAUCAGCCUUCGGCCAUCCACUUUUCGGGAUUGUGGACAAUGGUUUAGACACUUGUUACAUGCGGUGACCAAACUCCCUGAGAUCACCGAGAUAGGAAUGAAAAGGUGGAUCCUCCCAGCUUCACAGGAGGAGGAAGUGGAAGGCUUUGAACAAGGUCACGGUAACAGCAUUCACUUUGACCAUGGUGGGUUUCAGUCAGCAGAUUUCCCAAACCUUAACUAAGCUACAAACCAUUCCCCAAAGGAGGAAAAGAACAGGAAAGAAUUCCAGUGUAAGCAAAGGUGUAUCAACUUCUGGGCUGUUUAAUGGGACUUAGGUUAGAAGAGCUUUGUAAAUAUAUGCAUCUAAUAAUCUGAUAUGAGCAUGUCUUUAUUCUCUAUCACAUGAAACAUUUUUUCAAUGGAUUUUCAUUUGUUUUGGAUAUGUAAUUAGGUCACUUACUGUUCAGAAGUCCUGCCAAAAAAGUUUAGAUUCUGGUAAUGCAUCUCCUUUUUUUGUCCUGGAAUUUUCUUCUUUUUCUACAUGUUAAACAUUCUAAAUAUAAGGGUGUAUGUGUGUGCACAAGUCUAAUGUGAAAGGCACCAGUCGUGUACUAGUUUGCUAUCUUUACCAUUAUUAUAUGUAUCUUAAUGUGGUCUACUUCCAUUUUUAUUGAAAGUAUAGCCUUCAUUGGUUUAUUAUUUAUGUUCCUGUGGCUUUUAUUCCAUACAUAAACCACAAACACUAAUCACGGUCACUGGCACAUAAAUCUUAGUACCUACUGGUCAGAAAUUCAAAAUCCAACAUCAAGAACACAUCUGUUAAGAAUAAAGUGAAAUAUUUAUUAAAAUAAACAUCACCUUUGGGCUUUUGUUUGGCAUGAAAUUUGCUACAUAAAACCUAUUUGAUUCAUUUAUUAAGAGUUUUGUGUUGCUCUAAGUGAUCUUUGAAAUUUUGGGUUUUUUUCAUUAUGAGAGCAUGAAAUUCAUUGCAUGACAGAGGUGUUUGCUCACACAUUUCUACUCUGAGAUGCUCUAAUCAAAUUAUAUUUUGCUUUCUUCCUACUACACUGAUAAUAUUGCAAUCAUUGCUUUAAAGACAUGUAAAAUUUGAAAUCAAUACUGUUCCAAAAGAAAGAGUCAUCAGGAUAAGGAGAUUUUGAGUGCUUUAAGUAGAGAUACUUAACAUAAUAUGCACUCUUCAUUUCUCAUAAUGUGGCAUUCUCACAAGUUCCAUGAACACCUAUGCUUAUGCCCAAACCUUUGAACAAGUGUUCAUAGCAGCUUUAUUCAUUAAUAGCCAAAAACUGGAAACCAAUGCUGUUCAAUGGGUGAAUGGUUAAAGUGCGGGGCUAUGAGAUACUACUCAGCAAGGGAAAGGAAUGAGUUAUUGAUAACCUGCAACAACUUGGAUUACCUAAAUUAUCCAAGGUUACCUACUGUGUGAUUCCAGUUAUAUGACAUUCUUGAAAUAACAAAAUGAUAGAGAUGGAGAACAGGUGAGGCUCUGGGAGAAAGUAGGUCGUAGGUGAGACUAAAAGGAAUAGCACUAAAAGGAGACAUGGUGAUGGAACAAUUCUGUAUCUUGAUUGCCUUGAUGGCUACACAAAGCCACAUGUGAUAAAACUGCAUUGAACUACACACAAAUGAGUGCAUGUAUAAAUGAUGGAAUCUAAUGUGAAUUUUCUGGUUUUGUUG